AUGGAAUCAUCAUCAUCAUCAUUAUUAGAUAAAAAAGUUAUAAUAUUUUCAGGUGGUACAGAUGGUAUUGGUCGUAAUUCAUUAAAUUAUUUAAUUUUAGAAGAUAAUUUAAAAUUUAUAUUACCAGUUAGAAAUAUUGAAAAAGGUGAAAAAGUUGUAAAAGAAUUAAAAGAAAUUAAAGCAAAUGUUGAUAUAAAAUUAAUGAAAAUGGAUUUAUCAUCAUUUGAAUCAAUUAAAGAAUUUGUUAAAGAAUUUAAUGAAUUGAAUGAACCAUUGGAUAUAUUAGUUAACAAUGCAGGUUUAAUCAAUACGGAAUUUAAAACCACAUCAGACGGUUACGAAUCGACAAUGGGUGUAAAUCAUUUGGGUCCAUCAUUAUUAACACUUUUAUUAUUACCAAAAUUAAAUCAAUCAAAGCAUGGUGGUAAUAUAGUAUUCGUCGCAUCGAAAAUGCAUGACAGAGUGACACAAUUGGAUUUUGAGCAAACUUUAGGCAAAGAAGAUAAAAACAAUACUGAUUUCUCAAGUAGUAAUUAUGAAUAUUCCAAAUCUAAAUUAUAUAAUAUUUUAUUCUCUAAAGAGUUACAAAAUAAAUUAAUUGAAAAGGGUAGUGAUAUUAAAGUGAAUUCACUACAUCCUGGUUUCGCUGUAACUCAUUUAUUCGAAAAGCAUGGUUGGUUUGCAAAUAAUUUAGUUUUACCAGUGUUGGUUUAUUUCAAAGGUAAUAAAUUAGAUGAUAUGGGUAGUGCUUUAGCAAAUUUAACUUUAAAUAAAUUAAAUGAAAAAGGUAAAUACUUUACUUUAACAAAAAUUACUGAACCUUCAAAAUUUGCUUCAAAUCCAAAUAAUACUAUUAAUUUAUGGAAUAAAACUUGUAAAUUAUUAUCAAUUGAUUUUAAUAAAAUUAAUUUAUAA